UAAAGCAGAUAGUGUUGUGCGCAUGCGUGUUGGAUGCUGAUGCUGAGCGAGCGCCUCGCGCACAGAUGAUGGGCGUGUGAACGCGAUCCGGGGUUAGUCUUCACUGGACACCCAUGGUAAAACGUUCAUGGGGUCUGAACAGGUGGAAAUGGGAAAACGGCCUUCACAGGAUGCUAGUAAAGUCAUCCAAGAGCAAAAUACGCACCCCAAAGCACAGAUGUCGGAAAAGGUGAACACGCAAACCCUGGGCUGGCUCAAUGCUCCUCCGAACGCCUGCUGCUUCUGCUGGUGCUGUUGCUGCAGUUGCUCCUGUCUGACGGUACACCCUGCCAAGGAGGAGAAGACUCUUACAACAAGCUCAGAAAAACAAGACGAGGUCGAUACUGAGCAGAAGCCUGCGCUCACACUAGAGGAGGCACAGUCUUGGGGCGAAUCGUUUGAGAAGCUGAUCAAGAGCACAGAAGGUCGUGCACACUUCCAACAAUUCCUAAAGUUUGAGUUUAGUGAAGAAAACCUGCUGUUCUGGCUCGCCUGCGAGGAGUUAAAGAAAGAAACCAACAGAACGGUCGUAGAACAGGCCGUGAAGCGGAUAUACGAGGACUACGUCUCUGUAUUGUCACCUAAAGAGGUGAGUCUGGACUCUCGUGUGCGUGAACUGAUCAACAAGAACAUGCAGGAAGCCAGCUCGUGUACGUUUGACGACGCACAGCUACAGAUCUACACGCUCAUGCAGCGAGACUCGUACCCACGAUACAUGAACUCCAGCGCCUACGCAGACCUCCUAAAGAGCCUUCAACAACCUAAUGAAUCUUAACACACAUGUGCACGAGAUCUACGAUUGGAAAACAGGCUUAAACGAUCUCUCCAGGUUAAAUACAAGUUAAGCUACAUUACCACUCUGAUUGAAAAAUGUGGUUACAGGAAUCUAAUGUGGGUCCUUUAUACAAAAUCAUAAAUCAAACUGAAGUUUUUCACUAUUUCAAAACUUGUCGCAUUUUUCUUUUUUUCAAAUGAAAAUAUAAUCUGAUAUUUCUGCCUGUACUGUGGUCAUGCACUUACAAUGGCAGAACCGUGACUGUGCCUUGCCUCAAACGCUAUGACAGGAAGUUCAUACAGGUGUCAUGAAACACUGGUGCUGUCAAUUGUUAAGACCACUAAAAGAUUUAUUGUGAAAUGAUUAACAGAUCUCACACCACACUAAGACUGAAACUCUGUAGUGACACAUCUUAUGUCUAUAUAGUGCAUGCAUGUUUUAAAUGCAGUGAUUGCAGCUGAUACACUUUAUGUAUACCAGAUAGAUUAAAGCACAAAUCAUUGAACAAAUCAAUAAAUAAUGUUGAAGUAAAUGGCUUGUGUGGACUGAUCUAUUUCAUAUCCGGCAAUAAGAAUUCAACACAAGCGAAAUUCACAUGACACAAAGGAACGGGAUGCUUACGAUUUGGUGUGUACGCACCAUUAUGUUACGUACACACCAAACACAUGACAUCACAAUCUUUGCUCUAAAUUACUCGUGGGAUUUAACUUUGUGUCAUGCGAAUAUUUUGCCUGAAUUGAAUAUUUUCAACUUGCGCGAAGACGCGUUUGAGGUGAAUAGCGCGUUUUCGCAGCAAACAUGCCGUCAAAUUCACGCCAUUCGCAUUGCCCUGCGCAACUUUGCAUAUAUUCAUGUCUUUUGAUUGACUUUGUAUGUAAUCUGCUCACGCAAAUCGUUGAAUUAAUAUUUUGUGUGUAUAAAAAUGUGACUGCGCUGAUUCCUCUCCUUUUCAACGCGGCAUUUUGAAAAAGCUGCCACAUCUGAAAAAAGAGUGCCAAAAGAGUUGUCUAUUUGAGCGUGAUUGUCGCAUGGCUACAUUCAAAAUAACGUAUUACACCAAACGCAAAGCCUCGGGUUCCUCGCUCUUGAUUACUCAUGGGAUUUAACUUUGUGUCAUGCAAAUUUUUCGCUUAAGUUGAAUAUUCAAUAGAUCACCACGUGCGAGUUUGUGUCUAUUUGACGUCUUUUCAUGGACUUUUGUGUAAUCUACGUGUGCAAAUCGUUGGAUUCGCGUUUGGUGUGUAUGCCCCAUCAGGUAGAAACUGCAAUUGUGCUGCUUUCCCUCCUUUCCAACACACUUUCGGCACAGCAUUCUGAAAAAGCUGUCGCACCUUAAAAAAAGAGUGCCAAAAGAGCUGUCUAUUUGAGCGUGAUUGUCGCAUGGGUACAUUCAAAAUAACAUAUUAUGUUACUAACACACCAAAGGCGAAGCCUCGGGUUCCUCGCUCUUGAUUGCUCACAGGAUUUAACUUUGUGUCAUGCAAAAUUUUCACUUGAGUUGAAUAUUCUGAAAAAGCUGUCACACCUGAAAUAAAGAUUGCCAAAAGAGCCGUCUAUUUGAGCGUGAUUGUUGCGUGGCUACAUUCAAAAAACAUAUUAUACUAGAUACACACCAAAUGUAAAGCAUCGCCUACCUCGCUCUACAUUACUCGGGGGAUUUAACUUUGUGUCAGCUUAAGUUGAAUAUUUUUAACUUGCACAAAGACGCGUUUGAGGCGAAUAGCGCGUGUUUUCGCUUCAAUAGAUCGCUGCGAGCGAGUUUGUGUCUAUUUGACGUUUUUUUUAUUGACCUUUAAUGUAAUCUACUCGCACAAAUUUUGAAUUCGCGUUUGGUGAAAAAAACCCGAUUGCGCCGUUUUCCCUCCUUUUCAACGCACUUUCCACACGGCAUUCUGAAAAGGCCGCCGCGUCUCUAUUUAAGCGCAAUUGUCGCGCAGCUACACUUAAAAUAAAGUCUUAUGCUACAUACACACCAAACGCGAAGCAUCACAUUUCUCGCUCUAGAUUA